CCUUGAUUAUUCACUCCAAUUGUACCUACCUAGGGUAACAAGAACAGUCGAUAUCUGAACUUGUGAUAUUCGAGACCUUGUGCGAGAAAGUGCAUACACAUUGCAGCCAGAAGCUUAAACUUGCACAUCAACCGAUGAUGUCGAUCACCUUGUUCUUCCGCCACACAGUUCAUGCUUGUUCGUGAAUCGGAAGCCUACAAAGGACAGCGUCUCUCAAAAUCCAGUCUCCUCCAGGAAACCUGCGAUCAUAGCUAAUGAAACUUGCGGAAAGUCGUGUCCAAACGAUCCUUUAUUGAAAUGGACAAUCACAUCCCUGAUGUCUUCAUGCAGGACGAGGGCAUUCUUCAAUCAACAGAAUCUUUCGGGCAGCCUUUAACGAACAUCCUGGGCACAGUCCUCCGCGAAGAUUUGGAUAAUUUGAACUCGGUGCAAAUUCAUGAUAAGCAAGCACAGCAGCAUGAGUAUUCACAUCAAGAUCACGAGCUUACCUCAUCCCACGAUGUGCCAAGGCCGGCGAGGUACAAAAAUCUGCCCUACGGCACUCUUAAGACUGGUUUAAUCUAUGAUGUCCGGAUGCGAUUUCAUGUUGAAGCCGUGCCAAGUGCGGAUGAUGUGCAUCCAGAGGACCCACGUCGGAUACAUGCCAUUUUUGAAGCCUUCGUCGACGCAGGACUGGCCUGGAGCGAGGGUAUCUCCGAACCUUCGACAGAGUAUUAUAUGGGCCGCAUUGACGCCCGUAUGGUGACGAAGGAAGAGGUUUGUCUCGUGCAUACUAUCGAUCAUUGGAACUGGGUUCAAUCAUUACAGCACUUGACACCGGAAGAACUUGACACUGAAACGCAACACGAGGGCGAGCCCAACGACUCGAUUUAUCUUUCGGCUAGCACCCCGUACUGCGCCGGCCUUUCUGCAGGAAGUGCUAUCGAAGCGUGUCGGGCGAUACUGUUAAACAAAGUGAAGAAUGUUUUCGCUGUCAUCAGACCACCUGGGCAUCACGCGGAGCGUGAGGACGCUAAGGGCUUCUGUUUUUAUGACAAUGUGAGCAUAGCGACCAAAUCCUGCCAGCGCGAGUUCGGCGAAGAUUGUAGGAAGGUCUUCAUUCUCGAUUGGGACGUGCAUCACGGCAACGGCAUACAGCAAGCAAAUUACGAUGACCCAAACGUGCUCUAUGUCUCGAUUCAUGUCCACAAAAAGGGAGGAUAUUACCCUGAACUCUCCUACCGGGACAAACGCGGCCCAUAUGGUGAUCAUCUACAUUGCGGAGAGGGGGCGGGCCUCGGCAAAAAUGUUAACAUCCCAUGGACCAAAGCAGGGAUGGGGGAUGCCGAUUACAUAUACGCUUUUCAACAAGUCAUUAUGCCUAUCGCGACAGAAUUCAACCCCGAUCUAGUCAUAAUCGCCGCUGGUUUCGAUGCUGCGGAGGGCGACAUGCUUGGCGAAUGCAAAGUCACGCCGGCUGGAUAUGCUCACAUGACCCACAUGCUGAUGUCGCUUGCAGGAGGAAAAGUGGCCGUCUGUCUCGAAGGUGGCUACAAUUUGGUGUCCAUCGCUCGAUCAGCGACGGCUGUAGCACGUACGUUGAUGGGAGAGCCACCAGACAGGCUCGUCAACACAACGCCAACCACAUCUGGUGUAGACGAUGUUAAGCUUGUCUUGAGGCAGCAAAGUCGAUUCUGGUCGUCGCUGUUCCCGAAAGAUCCAGCCGCGCGGGCCGCACUCACUCUACCUAGCGAGAGGAUGCACAACAUUGUGCGCAAAUGGCAGGCAGAGACGCUAUGGGAUGAGUACUCCAUGUCGCCGCUGUUUAUACACAGGGAGCAUCUCGCAAAGGAAUUUGAGAACCAGGUUCUAGCAACGCACAACUACAAGGAGGCUCGGCCUCUUCUCGUCAUUCUGCACGAUCCACCGAACUUACUGGCAUCUCCUGAUCCACGAACAGGCAAUAUUGAGCUGCACAACACAUGGCUGGCUGAUGUUGUGAAGACUUAUGUUGACCAGGCUAUCGAAUAUGGCUUUGCUGUGAUCGAUGUGAAUCUACCAAGACACGUUACCAAUGUAGAAACCGAGCUCGAUCACGAAGAUAACGACAGUAUCGAAAAUCGAUCGGUCGAGGCUACAUCCUUGUUGACUUAUAUCUGGGACAACUACAUCGCCCUCGGCGAUCCAACGCACAUCUUCUUGAUGGGUACCAAUGUCGGCCACGGAGCGAUUCUUAGCUUCAUCAAAGCAGACGAAGAGCGCGCACAGAUGAUAACAACCUCGAUUUCCUUCGUGGUAGACGUUCCGCUUCUCUCUGCCAAAUCGCAGACGAAUGAUCAGUUAGAGCGAUGGUAUCAUAGAACUUCUCAAGUGUUCAUGUCCUCGGACCAUGGCUACUGGUCAUCUGAGUUUUCUCGCAAACCCAAGAAGCGUUUCGGCAGACUCAUACAGAGCGCUGCGAACACUCUGCCAGAGAUGCUAAGCCAACACAGUCGAGAUGUAAUGAUUCGCCUUGCAGAGGAAACUGCGGAUUGGAGAGAUACACAUGCCAACGAUACAGAAAUGAGCCACGGAUUCGACGCAAAUCGAGGAUUACAGACUGGUGUUCCUGGCCAGAUCCCCGCCAUCGUAUCUACCGAAUAGGUGGUCUUUAUGGCAAGUGCAAUGACUUCGGCGCUGGAUUUACAAUAUCAGUCUUGUACGCGUGGCAAUAAAUGCAGGCAACACUGUACUGAUUUCAAAUUUUCAAAGCCAUCGUGUUCAACGCGGCAUUAUGACUGGAUGUAGCCUUCAGCAUACUCAAAGCGAGAGUGCUCUGCACGGACUCACAGUUCGCAUCCAAGGAAUGCUGUGGGUCGUAUGCGCUACCCUCGCUCUCAGACAUACGGUGCUUGUUUUUGCAGCAGUUUGCGUGGCGCUUGUAGUGAAAAGUUCGUGUUUGAUUGUGCUGCCCGGCCACCAUAGAUGAAACGCCCUCAACUUGAUCUUCGGCACAGUUGGCUGGCGAAUCAGUUAAGAGCUCAACAUAAUUGAAUGGCGUACUGUUG